AUGAAUCUUCGUUCGAUGCGUGGGUAUGAGGGAAGCGAGGACUCUGGCGACUCAAAUCAUCGCGAUAGGACUUUACGUGCGCUAGAGGGAAGGCGUUUCGACGAUGGAUCACAAAUAACACCACCUGACUCGGCAGGAGAUCGCCCAGAUGGCGAUGAAAGUGGCGAUCUAUUUCUCAAGAUCGCACGCGAGGACCCGUCCCGCCGCGGCGCAGAGGCCAACCGGAACUAUGGAGACAAUCAAAGUGCCCUGUCACGAGUCGUACGAAGCAGCCGACGACCUCUUUCUGUAGGCAUAUCUUCGUCAUCCCAUCCAGCGUCUCCUCCUCAGAUGGCUCGACGCUUGUCAGACCAAGAGACCUCUCGAUCUCGAGGUUUUGGUGAUGAUCAAUCGGGAGAGAAAAUCCCGCGUACUCUAAUAUUCAAAGGAGUACCUAGAGACAAACAAUCCGAGGAAACAAAACCUAGAGGUGGCAGCGCUCUUCGUGGUUCACCAUUAACGCCUCGAUCUCUAGCUUUUCAAGACGUCCCUUCGGACCAAGGAUCUACUUAUAGUCGAAAAAGACAAGCGUCUGUUGAUAGUGGCACUGCUCUCCCGUCUCGCAUGUCUUCGCUCAAGCAACCUAAUGUCAACUAUAGUCACCCUCGCACUUACAACUCUUCACCAUUAGUGCCAAAACUAAUAGAAUCCCAAAAACACGACGCCCAAUUAGACGAUGCAAAUCAUGGUGUUGAGGGAACAAAUUCGACGGCUUCGACUGCUGCUCCUUCUACAGUAUGGGACGAGCUCGAUGACCUCAAGUCUCGCAUCCACCGCCUUGAGUUAACUGGCAAGCUGCCUCCAACAUCAGGUGCAGCUAUCUCACGCGCAUCUGAGGAACGACCCCCAACCGCUCACACUAAUGCAACAACCUUAUCUGCCUCUCCCAAGCGCGGUUCUGGGGGCGCCGCACAAACGUCUGACGCAAAUAAUGCGCAGAAGGAAGGUCAUCCACUACUGUAUUCGGCGUUAACCAAGUCCAAGGACUUUCUUAGUGUGGAAGUCUUUGAAGCGCUUGAGGCAGCAGCUAAUGACGCAUUGGCACUUUCAAUAAUGAUGGGUACCGCUGGUCAACCAGGACCUAUCGCGAGCGGCGCAAGUAGUAUCGGCAGUGGUACCACUAUUACCGACCGCCAAUUAAGACGAAAAGCAGAUAGUAUCUGCCGUAGUCUCACUGAAUUAUGCCUCGCGUUAAGUGAGGGGGCGGCGCAGAUGAAGCCACAGCAGCAAGUAGCUCCGCCGACUCCAGAGAAUCCUCUACUAGCAAGCCCUACCAUCACAAAGUUCCAAGGGAUAACCUCUCAAAGACGGCAAAGUAUUGUGGAUCGUAACCUCUCGGUCAAUACCAGCCCGAGAACUAUACCCCGCUUCGAAGAGAGGCGAAAUAUCGAAGACAGACGAAAUAGUACGCUGGGGUCUGCCUUUUUAUCCCCACGAUAUAAUACGACAACUCCUGCGACCCCAACCGAGGCUACGGUGAACGGUGCUGGCCGGAAGACUUCACUUUUGACAUCUCGCAGCCGACGAGGUGGAUCAGAAGAACCAGAUGAAGCACGAAGGUCGUCGCAAUCAUCAUUACUUAGAACACGGCGUGCUACUACAGAAGAGCCUGAGGACUUGUCUGAUCGCAAACCUACAUUAACCCGAGGCCGUCGGGGGACAAUAAAUCGCGACGACGAGCAAAGCCAGUUCCGCGCACCAUCUCGCGCUAUCACCGAAGUUCACGGGCAUCGAUCCGGAACGCGCGAAUAUGCAUCACAAUUACCACCAGCUCCAAAGGAGCCUGAGCCUUUGGCGUCUUCAGCUCUACCUAGAAGGCGACUAGCUUCCGCACUCAGCAGCAGAUUAGUGAUCCCUGCAUCGACGUCUGGCUUCGCUAGCACGGCUCGCAGGUAUUUUGACCGAUCAACGCCGGAUCGUGAAACGUACAACGUAGAAAAAUCAGUUGAAGAACGACCGCAACGGCAAUUUUCUCUUGGUCGAUCCGGAAAUAUGGACAAACGAACAAACCGUGGAAGUAUGAUUGCCACGAGCUCUCCCGCAACGGGAGGCUACCGAUAA